GUGCGUACCGAGUCAGAAGUGCACCUGUGUUACUCUCGGCUGCCGCCGUUCAAGUUCCAUCUCUGUUAGUGCGUCCCUUCGAUGCCGUGUCCACUUCGUUACUAAAAGCCUCAACAAUGCAAGCUCUAAAGUGAACAGAAUUAUCAUAGGCGGACGCAAUGAGCUGGUCCUACUGUUUCCUCUGCGGUCUCAUCGUGUUCCAUGCGGCUGUGACAACGCGAUCCGAAGACCAAUAUGCGUGCGACAGCGACACCUUACUUCCUCGUAGGGUGGUGCGAGAGAUCCGAAGUUACGAGCCAACCGUAGACAAGAUCAUUGACACCGUAGUGUACGGUGACGAACAAAAUGUGACGUACGAUGAACUGGCCAAGUUCGUCGAUACGUUCGGCGCGAGGCCAUCGGGCAGUAAGAGCUUGGAAGACUCAAUCGACUACAUGUUCGACAUGCUUCGCGGCCAGGGACUAGACUUCGUGCAUACGGAGAACGCGAGCGUGGUCAACUGGCAGAGGGGUCACGAGGAAGCGUGGAUUACGCAACCGAGGCUGAAGCGAAUGGACAUUCUCGGCUUGGGAAACAGUGUGUCCACGCCGGAAGGUGGAAUCACGGCGCCUGUGCUGGUCGUUGGGUGCUUUGAAGAACUCGAGGAGAAAUCGAGCAAGGCAAAGGGCAAGAUCGUCGUGUUCAACCAGGAGUUCGUCACCUACGCGAAGACGUUGAAGUACCGAGUGCAGGGGGCGUCGGCAGCAGCGAAGGCAGGCGCCGUGGCCGCACUCGUGCGCUCCCUGACGCCCAUGUCGAUCAACAGCCCUCACACGGGCUACAUGACGUAUGACGAAAACACCACCCGGAUACCUACAGCUGCCAUCACAGUUGAAGACGCCGAACUCCUGGCUCGACUGCAGGAACGAGGAAGCGAGCCAGUGGUGAAGCUGGUAAUGGGAGCCAAGUCUCUGCCGCCUGCAGUCUCUCGGAACACAAUUGCGGAACUUCGUGGUAACAGCAAGCCGCAAGAGGUGGUUCUUCUUUCUGGUCACUUGGAUUCCUGGGACGUUGGUCAAGGCGCCUUGGACGACGGCGCGGGCGCCUUCAUUUCGUGGAGAGCCCUGGCUGUACUGAGCCGGCUGGGCCUCAGGCCUCGUCGCACGCUACGAAGCGUCCUUUGGACGGGAGAAGAGUUGCAUACCGCAGGCGCCCUGGAGUACUUUCGCCGGCACUUCACGCAUGAGCGGGACCUUAUGAGCCUCGUCAUGGAAUCGGACUCCGGGACGUUCCGUCCACUGGGCCUCUCUUUUUCGGGCUCUAACGAGCAGGCUCGUUGCAUCGUGGCCGAAGUACUCCGCUUGUUCACUCGCAUCAACGCGACGCGCCUUACACUAGGAGCUUCGGCGCCAGACCUUUCGUCUUGGAUCAAAGAAGGUGUCCCCGGUGCUUCGCUGAGCACAGCCAACGAGAAGUAUUUCAUAUUCCACCACACCGAAGGGGACACGAUGAGCGUGCUCGACCGCCACGAACUUGAUCUGUGCACGGCCCUCUGGGCAGCUGCUUCGUAUGUUUUCGCUGACCUGAGCAUGCGCCUCCCACGGUGAA